AUGAGGUGUAAGAAGAGUAUACUUUCAGGACUAAAAUUUAUGAACAAGAGAGAGGCUGGGAAUAGAAAGAUGGGUACAGAAAUUGUGAUGGUUGAUGAAGUCCCUUUUUCACUUGGAGUCACUAUUGUCAAGCCAUUGUCUUUGUUUGGUCAUGGAAUUACAGACAUUGAGAUACAUUACCUCCAAAUUAAAUUCACUGCAAUUGGAGUUUACUUGGAUCCUGAAAUUGUGGCUCACUUACAGCAAUGGAAGGGUAAAACUGGAACUGAUCUAGCUGAGGAUGAUGACUUCUUUGAGGCUUUAAUUAGAGCCCCAGUAGAUAAGUUUGUGAGAGUGGUGGUGAUCAAGGAGAUCAAAGGUUCGCAGUAUGGAGUGCAGCUAGAGAACGCGGUGAGGGACCGGUUGGUAGCUGUUGAUAAAUACGAGGACGAGGAGGAAGCAGCACUCGAGAAAGUAGUUGAGUUCUUCCAGUCGAAAUAUUUCAAGAAAAAUUCCGUCCUAACAUUUUACUUCCCAUCUACUUCUCGAACUGCUGAGAUUGUAUUCGCAACAGAGGGAAAAGAAGAGUCGAAACUCAAAGUGGAGAACGCAAAUGUUGUUGAGAUGAUACAGAAAUGGUACUUGGGAGGAACCAGUGCUGGUUCUGAUUCUGUAGAAAAUCGAAAUUCAGACCUACAGGGAAAAAUUGAAAAGAUGAGUGAGAUCAAAGGGUUUCAAUUGGGGACGAUAGGGGCUUUGACUCUGUCAGUCGUUUCGUCAGUUUCUAUCGUGAUAUGCAAUAAAGCACUAAUGAGCACUUUACAUUUCAUUUUCGCUACAACUUUGACAAGCUGGCAUUUACUGGUAACUUUCUGCUCUCUUCACCUGGCAUUAAGGUUGAAAUUCUUUGAGCACAAACCAAUAGAAUCACAAACUGUAAUUGGAUUCGGUAUUCUGAAUGGGAUUUCAAUUGGAUUAUUGAACCUCAGCUUGGGUUUCAAUUCUGUUGGUUUCUAUCAGAUGACAAAGCUGGCAAUCAUCCCUUGUACAGUACUGUUGGAAACGCUUUUCUUGAGCAAGAAUUUCAGUCAGAGCAUUAAGCUUUCUCUGACAGUCCUGCUUCUAGGUGUUGGGAUUGCAACUGUUACUGAUCUACAGCUCAACAUUCUGGGUUCUAUUCUUUCUCUUCUUGCAGUUGUCACCACUUGUAUUGCUCAAAUUAUGACCAAUACCAUCCAAAAAAAUUUCAAGGUUUCUUCAACCCAACUGCUGUAUCAAUCUUGCCCUUAUCAAGCAAUGAUCUUGCUCGUCUCUGGUCCAUUUCUGGAUAGGUUUUUGACUAAACAAAAUGUUUUUUCUUUCAAUUAUACACCAAAAUUAGUGUUUUUCAUUGUUCUGUCCUGCUUGAUCUCCGUCUCUGUUAAUUUUAGCACAUUCCUUGUGAUUGGGAAGACGUCCCCCGUCACGUAUCAGGUUCUUGGACACCUUAAAACUUGUCUAGUAUUAGCAUUCGGUUAUGUCUUACUAAGUAACCCAUUUAGCUGGAGGAACAUUUGUGGGAUAGCUGUUGCACUCGUUGGGAUGGUUUUGUAUUCAUAUUUCUGCGUUCUCGAGGGUCAGAAAAAAGCUUCCGAAGCUCCGGUACAACCUCAGCGAAAGGAUCCUGAAUCUGAUUCUCUUUUACAUGAUGAGAAUGGCAGUAGGACAUUAAAUGAAGUUGAUGUCCCAAAGGCCACUGCAUGGAAAUCUGACAAGGAUUUACAUGCUUGA